AUGAUUAACACAAAAAGAGAUAGGCAGGUGAAUUUCUCUUCUUGCGAAGAAGAAAUUUUAGUUCAACUUAUACUAGAAAAUGGUCAUAUAGUAGAAAAUAAAGAGACAGAUGCUGAUAUGUGGCAAAAGAAAAAAGAAGUGUGGGAGAAAAUUGAUAAAUCAUUGGUAGUAUCUACGGAUAUAUUAUUAUUAUCAUCAUCGGGUAAGCAUUUUAUUAUAAAGUAA